AUGGUCUUCCCACCGCCCCCCGUUAACACGAUUGACUGGGACGACAUUGGAUUCAAAUUUCGAGAAGUCAAUGGCCAUGUAGAAUCCCACUACAGCGUCAAGACCGGCGUCUGGUCGAAGCCCGAAUACAUAACGGACCCUUUCCUGCGCCUCCAUGGCAUGGCACCAGGGCUUAAUUAUGGCCAGCAAGCCUACGAGGGCUUGAAGGCUUUCCGCUCUCCGAACAACGAAAUCACCAUCUUCCGACCCACCAGCAAUGCUGCACGCAUGGCACACUCUGCAAGCUUCAUCUCCAUCCCUCCAAUCCCCGAAUCUGUUUUCAACGAGUGCGUACAUGUGGCUGUCUCGCUGAACGCUGAAUAUGUGCCCCCUCAUGAGACUGGUGCUGCGAUGUACAUUCGACCUCUGGUCUUUGGCUCGAGUGCUCAAUUGGGUUUGAACCCACCAGAGGAAUAUACUUUCUGCGUCUACGUGCUCCCAGUCGGUGUCUAUCAUGGUGUCCACCCUGUCAAGGCUCUUAUUCUGGAGGAAUUCGACCGAGCUGCCCCAGAUGGAACUGGAAGUGCAAAGGUUGGAGGAAACUACGCGCCAGUCUUGAGAUGGAGCGACAAGGCACGGAAUGAAGGCUACGGAAUCACAUUGCACUUGGACAGUAAAACAAGGUCCGAAAUCGAAGAGUUUUCUACAAGUGGGUUCAUUGGUGUGAAGAAGGACGGCGAGGACAUCACAUUGGUGGUGCCUGAUAGCAAGAACGUCAUUUCAAGUAUCACUUUGGAUUCUUGCUUAGAUAUUGCCAAGAGCUUCGGAUGGAAGACGGAACGCCGCUGUAUCAAAUACGAACAACUCCCGAGCUUCAGUGAAGUCUUCGCCGCCGGUACAGCAGCUGCUCUUGUUCCCAUCAAAUCGAUAACCCGAAACUCCCGCAACGAGACGUUCUCCUACAUCCCGGCCGACUCCGAAGAGCCAGGCCCAGUCUGCGUCAAGUUGCUUACAACAUUGAAAGGCAUCCAGGCGGGCAAGAUCAAGGAUACAUUUGGAUGGAACAGUAAGGUUGAGCAGGUUGACAUCAAGAAAUACGCCGCUGGCGAGACAAUAAAUGGCGUUAACGGUAAGAGUGUGGAUGCAUUGCCCUAA